CUUCCGAUCUCUUAUCUCCGAGGCGACAUCAUAGUUUUUGGGGGACGACCUAUUCGUCUAGCAUGGUAAACCGUCUGGCUUUUUUAAAAGAAAAAAAAGAGAAAAAAAGCCAUCGCUAUGAGUAAGCUCCUCGUCGUGUUUGGAGCCACAGGCAACCAGGGCGGAUCCGUGGUCUCCUUCGUCCUCAACGACCCCGAGCUUUCCUCGCAGUACAGGCUGCGAGCUGUGACUCGCGAUCCAUCCGGGCCUGCCGCGCAGGCUCUGACGAAACAAGGUGUAGAAGUCGUCCAGGCGGACUUCGACGACCAGGCGUCGAUUCAGGCCGCCCUGCGCGACGCCCACACCGUCUUCCUCGUCACGGUGAGCAUCUACGGGCCUGACGGAAAGGAAAAGCAGUCCCAGCAGGGCAGGUUUGUCGCCGACACCGCCGUCGCACAGGGGGCGCAGUAUCUCAUCUUCAGCACGGCCCCGAGCGUGACCAAGACGUCUGGCGACAAGUACCGCAACGUGGACAUCUUCGAUGUGAAAGCCGAGCUGGAGGAAUACAUCCGCGGGCUGCCUGUGCGGAGCGCCUUCUUCAGCGUCGGCUCCUUUAUGCAGAACUACCACACCGGGCUGCGGCCCCGCCCCGUCGGUGACGGCACGUACUCCAUCAGCUCCCCUGUGUCGCCGCAGACGCGGACCGCCCUCAUCGACAUCUCUGGCGACUCCGGCAAGUUUGUGGGCGCCAUCCUGGCGGACCCGGAGCGGUUUGCAGGCUCGUCGCUCUUCGCCGCCACGGCGACGUAUACCUUUGAAGAGAUCGCCGGGGCCCUCAGCGCCGCCACAGGCAAGACGGUGAAAUACACUCAGCUGCCCGAAGGCUUGUAUCGCUCCUUUUUCCCCAAGGAGGCGGCUGCGACCCGGUACGUCGAGAUGUUCGCGUACAUCCAGGACUUUGGCUAUUUCGGACCGCAGACAGAGGAGCUGGUCCGCUCGUCGGCUGCCAGUGCGCGGGGGAAGGUGACGACGUUCGAGGAGUUCCUGCGUCGGGAGCCAUUGGUUUUGGAGUAGAUAUGAGACAGGUCUUCAGCGUUGUGUGUACAGAACAGAAAAGACUUUGACGUCGUUGGAAAAGAAUAAACACAUGACUCGACUUCACAUGACUUCACAUGACUUCUCACAUGACAAUUUUCUUUCCGUCUCAGAAACUCC